AUGACUACGCGAUCCCAAAAAAAAUCUUUAACUACGGCAAAUGGUAACUCUCCCGCACAGAAAAGAAUAGAGAACUCUUGGAUUAUAGUUAUAAAAGAACCCCUAUUCGAGAAUGAAAAUUUCAGCAUUAUAACUCUUCCACAUCCAGCACAUGGCAAUGCAUCAAAGUAUGGAUUGGACUGUGUCCAUAAUAAAAUGUAUGAAGUGGUAACUUUUGGUGAAUCAUAUAGGUCAUGGUUUCUUGGUGACUAUGUAAAAUCUGAUGGAAGGUUAUUAAUGAUGACUCCAAUAAAUCCAUUAUUUGUAGUUUUACCUAGAUUAAGGGAACAAUGUAAUAGCAGGGCAGUACCAUUAAAUGACUUGUUAUCGGAAAAGGGGUUUGAUAAAAUUAUUGACUUUGUUACAAAUAUGGACAAAAUUGGAGAUCUGAAGGGUCCUGCCGACAUGAAAGCUUACAAGUACAAUGAAGCAAAAACAUUAACAUGGCUUGAAGGUAGAGUUCAGAAGGUAGCUAAUAUUCUAAAGGAGAAAAAUAUACAUGUAAAGCCUGGUGCAAUUUCAGACACAUUCAUAUCAAGUAGCCUGGACAGUGACAAAAUUGAUGAUGAAUUUUAUCUUAAAUAUGCCCAUGGUAUUAUAUCAGAGUACCUGCAAGAUGAUUUAGUUCAAAAAUUGGAAGAAAAGUUCAAUUUUAAACCUGAAAUUAUAGAAUGUAUAGGGAAAAAGAGAAAAUCUGAUGUUGAAAAUGGCAAUUUGAAUAAAAAAGUAAAGUGUGAGAACAUCUUAGAAGACCUCAUUGAUGUCAAAAUAGGUUCAACUUUAAAUGGCUCUUUGGAGAUAAAGAAAAAACCUAUAUCUGCAAAGGAAAAGGCAAGACAAAAGGCUGCAAGUGGAACUAAAACAAUAUCAGAAUUUUUCACUAAGAAA